GAGAAAAUAUAUCAAGAAGUGGAAAGAAAGUAUUCACCGAUUAUGCCUGCUACAAUCCGCCCGGACUUCCUUCCAGCACAACCCCCACACCAUGUGACAAGCAGUAUUAUCGACUUCACCGCUACAACCCCGCCGAUUCCGGAAUACGAGGACUGUUUUGCAGCAGUUAUUGACAAUUUCAUGACCGAAGCUGAGUGCAAUGAACUUCUUUCUCUAGCUGAGCAAUCGACCACAGAACCGGGGAAAUGGGAACGUGCGAUGAUCAAUGCCGGCAAUGGAAAACAAGUCAUGGUAACCGAUACUCGGAAUUGCGGCCGCAUCAUGUUCGACUCUCCGGAAAUAGCAGACAGGCUUCUUGCUCGAUUAAAGCCUUUCUUUGAGCGCUGGAAUAUGGUCAAGCUACAAAAUCAACUCCCUGUCACGGGCAUUGCAGGGAGAAAAAAUGUCUAUAAUUUGACGCGAUUGAAUGAGCGAUUACGGUUUUUGAAGUAUGUUGGAGGAGAAUACUUCAAAACUCAUGUAGAUGGUAAAUACCGAACUCCUGAUGGAAGCGAAAUGUCAUUCUAUACCAUCCAGUUGUACUUGAAUGGUGAGGGAGAGGAAGGGCAAGAUCUUAAAGAACUUGCUAGGAGAAAGCAAAAGGGGUUCAACGGUCAGAAUAUCGAAAGAACAGACCAGGAAAAAUUACUUGGUGGCGCGACAAGUUUUAGCCCAUCAUGGAGAGACACUAACCAAGAUGUCAGGGUAUGGCCAAAGGCAGGACGGAUCUUGGUAUUUCAGCAUAACAACCUGUGGCACGGUGGAGACUCAGUAUAUGGAGGGGUCAAGUAUACUGUUAGGACGGAUGUGUUGUACUCCAAGAGUCCAUUGAGUGAUCUACCUGCCUGACUUGCAGGUGCCAUUUACUUCCAAGGGUGUAGACAAUUGGUUAAUGGCUGCCACUACACAUCAGGAAGGGGAAGCAAAAACAAGGCCUUAGACAGACAUAAAUGAAGGAGAUUUUUGAUGUUAGACAAGGGACCUCAUUACCAUGUCGCCAGAUCAACUAGCUAAGGGCCAACAAUAUCUUGAAAAUCAUCUGUCCUUCUCUUCUCAAUCCAUUCAAUAGCCUCAGCACGAUUCCUGCACACGUGAGGUUGUCCUCUUUCCUUGUCACUUGGAGUGGACAUGGAUCCUUCAAGGGUCAUAUCAAGGUUGCAAAGUAUGUUAUUUCGCAAAUACUCGAAGCAGUGAGCGGCGUGAUAAGGAUUAUCCUCAUCACUUGGUCCGUUGAGGAUUAGUUGAUGAUAGCUAUCCACUGUGUAGUAUAGCUGUCGUUGUAAACAUCAAUGUUAGUGUCUGAGUCCAUGU